AACUCGUGCCUUUAAUAUUGCCAGCGUAGUAUACGAUCUUUCGCCGUUCGCUGUUUGCAACACAAUCUGAAACAGUUUCGAAGUGGCCUACAUGUGAGUAUUAUAUGGCUGAACAAACCUAAACGAAACGAAAUGAAUUUUCCUAUUUAUCACCCAAGACAUUGUCGUCUUGUUUGGUGCCUCGUUCUUUUUGUUGUCUGCGUGGUUCAGAGCGGAGCUGGCUCUAAUCUCCCUACCGUGAAAUCUUCGGAUUUCACGGCUGUUUCACAGUUCAACAGCACCGUCAAAUAUCGAGUGAUUCGGUCAAGCCAACGAGCCUCCUACUUAAGGUGUGCCGCGGCCUGCCUCAAGGAAGAAUACUGCGAAUACUUCAGUUAUACCAAAGAUACCAGACGGUGUGAAUUGAGCGAUGACUCGAUCGUUUCAGUCAACGAAGAGAAGUUGAAAUACUUCAAAAGAAAUGGUGACUCUCCUUGCUCCGUGGAGGGACCUCUUGGGAUGGAAGAUGGUCGCAUUCCGGAUGAAAGCAUCACAGCUUCGUCAUUCUACAGAAACCUCCCUACUCAUGCCCCACCCAGGGCCAGGCUUCAUACUCAAGGAUUAGCUGCAGCCUGGUGUGAUGAUGGAUCUGAAGACAGUCCAUGGAUACAGGUUGACUUCAAUGGUACAGUCACCAUCACUGGUUUGAUCACCCAGGGGCGUGGUGAUCGAUACAACCAAUGGGUGACAGAGCACCAAGUGUCGUACAGUGAUGACGCUCAGUCCUGGGAUCAAGUGACUGAUGCGUUUGGCACACAAAUAAAGUUCGCUGGUAACUCGGACAGGAACACGAUGGUAACCGCACGGUUCCCAUUGGCAUUGCGCACCCGAAUCCUGCACAUUCACCCCACUGCAUGGAACAAGCAUUGUAGCAUGAGGUUUGAAGUGAUUGGCUGCUAUUAAUCACUUUGAUUGAAUUAGUCGAUAACUGGACAGGAAAUAAUCGAUAUCGAAAGGAAUCGAUAAUUGAAACCCAUCUUUUUACUGAUUUUGUAGUUACAAUACGCCUGGUGAGAUUGAUGUUGCAUAAAACAGUAGGUCUAUACUCAGAGUUCUACACGUAGUUUGAUUUUAAAAUGUCACUGUAUGGUAACAAAAAAAUGUCAAGUGAAGUCAAGCUUUUUCUAACUUUUUAAUUAGCAUUCAUUUAU